UAAUACACUUUUAACUAUAGCGUACUAAAGUGAGAAAGUGCGAAACCAUAUGGGAUUUAUCCCGUUUGGCAUCCCCAGUUUGAAGUCUUUGCCGCGCAGUCAAGCGGUGUGACGCAUGAGCUUCCGUCAGUCAGUUGGUGCGCAUACCAUGCAGCAACAACAAUGCAUGCAACACUACUACUAUAUAAAGAAGAGAUCGAGAUGCUACUUCCACUCGCCCACAACACUGCACUAUAAUUUUAAGAGAGAGAGAGAGAGAUCUAGUUACAGAGAGGAGGAGUAGAAACUAAGAAGUAGAGCAUAUAUGGCGGCGGCGGCGGUGCGGCGGAUGCGGCUGGGGUCGCAGGGGCUGGAGGUGUCGGCGCAGGGGCUGGGUUGCAUGGGCAUGUCGGCGUUCUACGGGCCUCCCAAGCCGGAGGCCGACAUGGUCGCCCUCAUUCGCCACGCCGUCCGCUCCGGCGUCACCUUCCUCGACACCUCCGACUUCUACGGCCCCUUCACCAACGAGAUCCUCCUCGCCAAGGCCUUGCAAGAUGGAGUGAGGCAGAAGGUGCAGCUGGCGACCAAGUUUGGCAUCCGAGUCAGCGACGGUGAGAUAAACUUCUGUGGCGACCCGGCGUACGUGCGUGCCGCGUGUGAGGCGAGCCUGAAGCGGCUCAGCGUCGACUGCAUUGACCUCUACUACCAACAUCGGAUCGACACUCGCGUGCCCAUCGAGGUCACGAUGGGAGAACUCAAAAAGCUAGUUGAAGAAGGAAAAAUAAAAUAUGUCGGAUUAUCUGAGGCAUCGGCUUCGACAAUCCGAAGGGCGCAUGCAGUUCAUCCGAUAACUGCUGUGCAACUAGAGUGGUCUCUAUGGACAAGAGAUGCGGAAGAAGAAAUAAUUCCUACUUGUCGAGAACUCGGAAUUGGAAUAGUUGCAUACAGUCCACUCGGUAGAGGCUUUCUUUCUGGUGGGUCGAAUAUGGUUGAAAAUCUAUCAGAGCAAGACGCUCGAAAGGGAAUGCCUAGAUUUCAUCCUGAAAAUGUCGAGAAGAAUAAAGUCAUAUUCGAGCGUGUCAAUGCAAUGGCUACAAGGAAAGGAUGCACCCCGUCGCAGCUGGCGCUCGCCUGGGUUCACCAUCAGGGGAGCGACGUAUGCCCUAUACCGGGCACCACCAAGAUCGAGAACUUCAACCAGAAUAUCAAAGCUCUGUCGAUUAAGCUCACUCUAGAGGAGAUGGCGGAGCUCGAAUCCUAUGCCUUGGCUAAUCUUGUCGAGGGUGAUCGGUAUCCUAGCAUUUGGAAAACAUGGAGGGAUUCGGAGACCCCUCCUCUUUCUUCAUGGAAAGGCGAGUGAGUGUGCUUCCUGAUUCAUGCUAACUAUAGCAUGAGUAGCUGUUUGAUAAACAAGAAUAUACAUGUUUUACGGAGAAAACAAACAGUUAAUAAUAAAUUAAAAAGAGAUUUAAGAUUUC